UGGUUACGUUGACAGACAGAAAUUCCAGAGGAAAGUCCUAAUGUAGAUUAGCAAGACGUUUGUGCUACAUAUACCUGCUGAUGGUAUUUGGAGAAAGAUCAGCAGCAUGUCCGCUGCCCCUUCAGAGAAAAGAUCCUAUGAUGGAGACAUCACUAGGCCUGGAUCCAAAGUGAAGAAAAAGGCCCACGCUCAUGAAGUGACUUUACCUCCUCUAUGCUGGGAGCCACCUUCUCUCUCAGCUCUGUUCAGAAAUGUCCCCUCUGAUAGGCUUUCAUCAGUGGUGGAACUUCCUCGUCUUGCAGCCAAAGGAGGACCUGGAAAAGCCACAGAUGAUACAAAAUGGACUGAGAAACCUCGACUGGCCUCGUCAUUAGGGACCCACAUUCCUAUCAGAACUGCUGAUGAGUCAACAGCACAGAGUUUUCACUGCAGUCUUACAGGGAAAGAUGAAGCCAUAAAAAUAGCAACAUGUAGCGAUAAAAAGAUAACGACUGUGAGAAACGGGCAAGUGACCAAACCAAAUGAAGAUCCUCUCACUGGCACAGAGGUAGUUCAGAUCUUUGCCAAGAAAAGACACCUGAGAGAAUUGGAGCUUUAUUACCUGAAAGAAGUGGCCGGGGACUCUAACAGACCUUAUGACCUGCGAGUGGUCCAUUCCAGUGAAGCGGGUUCUGAGCACUACAUCUUCUCCCCUAAUACUGUCCUCCAUGUGACGGAGAGGGGUUAUGGUGGACUUGUGAGUCUGGCAGAGUGGCACAGAGAGUCUACAUUGUGGACAGCCUUGCAGGAGAUCCAGUUUUUCAGGGACUUUAGACUGCAGAAAGCUUUCACCUGGUGGCAUACAAAUGUGCGUAAAGCAAAUUUUCAGCGCCGCUGUGAGGAUCUGCAGGAUAAGCUGGUUGUAGCUGUACCUCAGUUCAGAAAUGCUCUUUUUCUGUUCAGCAGAAUCAUUGAAGAACUGAAAGGGACACACCGGCUGCUCCAGGACGCGUCUAGAUCCUACACUUUGCUGGAAUUUAAGGACGUGCUGAUAAACAUGAAUCAAGAGCGUCUGAAGAUACUGGAGGAAUUAUCACAGUGUCGCGCUGUCAUCCUGAAUGCGGUGAAAGAGGGCAGCCACAAGGCACACCAGGAGCUGCAGCUGCAUAUGGAAUAUACUAAAAAGCCAAAUAAAAUCUGCGAACCCAUCCACCUCCAUCUGGCUCACCAGCGGGAGCUGAAUAAAGAGUUGGCUCGGUCUGAAAGCGUCUUGCAGAAAUUGGGCAACUUUGCUGCUCUCGUCAACCAAAUGAUUGUGCAGAGUCUCGUCACGAUUAUCCGACAAGAUGCCGUUUCUUUUCUCAGCCAUGUCUUAAAGAGGAAGACAUCUCAGCAGUGCUGUCUCUUCCACACUGAGCUGUGUUUCAGUGCCAGUAGUCAGCUGACCUUGAACCCACCAGUGCAUCUAUUCCAAGAGGCAGUGAGUGAAGCAUUCCUGACUGUUGGUGAUUCAGUCAUACAGAUGUGUGACACUUGUGGAUUCUUCCAGGAGAACAGCAACAUUGUCUUCAACUCUGCUUUCUCUCACGAAUUAACCUCAGACUGCAGUCGUAUUGAACAUGUGACUUUGACAGGGGAGGAUAAGAACAGUGGUGAAACGGCUGGUUGCAGAAAGUUUUGCUGCUGGAAGUUUUUCAGAGAGCUGUCAUCUCGCAGGCUGGUGCUGCCUCUGGAGACCUCGCUGAUGGCGCAGGGCAACAGGGUGCACGGCUGUUAUCAUCCCCUCCCCAAGAGGCAGCUGGAAUGGCAGAUCAGCAUUAAUGAUGUUAGAAAACAAACUGAGAAAGAGCAGGCCGAGAUCAUGCAGGAAGCUGAGCUAGAAAUCCAGCAGCUGUGCGAGAGCUACUCAUGGCUGAUGGAAAUUCACAUGUUCAUUAGCCAAUGGAGUGGAGCCUCUUUAGAAUCCAUGAUAGGUCAGCCUGCAUUAGUGUAUGAGGAACAUAUAAAGAAGGUACGCCACUGGACAGAAGCGAUCCACACAGUUCCCUCAUCAGUCUCCACCUCCAACCAAGUGUUCACCAUCCAGUGCAGCUGCAUCAAGGACAAUCUAGGGCAACAGCUGAAGGUGAUUGAGCAGGAAGUCCUGGAGCAGCUCGUUGAGCAGAUAAAGCUGCUCUCAGAAAGUGUCGUAUCGGACUUGGAGAGGACUGCAGCUGAACUCAAGACUGACCCCCAAGACUUACAUGACUUCUCAAAAUAUGCUGUUAUGGUGAGGGUGUCUGUGAAGAUGUUUGCUGAUGUGCAGAAACGUCUGGAGUACAUUGACUCCCUCCAGGACACUAUCUGCAGUAACUACAGGAAGAUGACUGAACAGGAGGUGACUUUGAAGGAGAAGAUGAUGGACAUAUGCGAUUGCUUUAUUCCCCACUUGAAGAGGGCAGAUAGCAUUGUGUGCCAGCGCCUCCCUUCGAUGGCUCACGCACUGGACACCAUGUUCUCAUUUUUGCUGUACGACCUUAAAAUUAUGGUGUCUAAAACUACAUCUGGACCCUUCCUUGACCCAACCCAGAAUGCAAAAGAGAUGGUUUCUACACUGAACCACAUGAGUACACAUGUGCACAAUCUCAGUGCAAAGCUGGAACAACUUAGUAGGACCAGUCAAGACCUACAGGAACAACCAAUGGAUUUGACCACUUUAGCAGCAGAUGUUCAGAAGGUCAGCGCCCGUAAAGAAUUGUGGGGGUUGAAAGAUGCAUUCACAACAUGGCUAGAAGAAUGGAAACAGCUGAUUUUCAGUGAGGAUGUGGUGUCACAGGCUCAAGGGAAAGUUUCCAAGUGGAAGGAGCAAGCUCUGUCUCUAACAAGUAUCAUACCUACCGAUGAUGCUGUGCUGCAGGAGACUUUAGGAAACCUGGACAGCUUAAGCCAUCUGCUUACAUUUAUGGCCAAACUGCAGAGCCCCACGCUCAGACAUAAACACUGGAAAGCUAUUUUAAAAGGCAUGGGCCUCGUGUAUGUUCCAGAGAAGCAGGUGACUGUUGCUGAACUGAUGUCUCGGCAACUUCAAAUUGACCAGCAACUCUUCACCAAGAUUUGUGGGGAUGCAGAAGCAGAGUGUAACUUGGAGCAGACCUUCCACAAACUUCAACAGGGUUGGGAAGCCAGAAUCUUCCAGCUGGAGAAAUUCACUCCCCCUGCUUGUGAGCCACAACAAGGAUUAGCAGAGACAGAAAAGCCCACAGAGGGCAAUGUUUCAAAUAUCCAAAUGGCCAGUCAACAUUCUUGUCGUGAUGCAAGAUUCACAAUCACUGGUCUGGAGAUGCACUUUGCUGAGAUAGAGAAUGAUUUGAUGACUCUGUCCUUCAUGUUAAAGUCCCCCCACAGUGUGCCAUUUAGGCUGCAGAUGGAAAAUAUGGUGCAGUCACUAAAAGAUCUUGAGAAGCUGCUGUACUUAUUUGAAAGACACCAGCAACUAUGGACCUUCCUGACCAAGAUGUUCGAUCAAAACUUUAAUUUUCAGAAAGUGGAUUUGCUGGAUCAAUUCCGACCAGUUGAUGAGACAUUCAAGGAAAUUAUGCUCUGUGUAUCAAGUGACCCCCAUAUAUUGAACUUUGUUCAUUUCAAGAAGACAAGUGACAGUUUCCAUGGCAAUAACCUUUACCAAAUACUAAUUGAUGGCUUGUCUACAAUGGAAGGUAUUUCCAACCAGAUUGUGCAUCUCCUGGACACUCUCUGUGAACAGUUUUCAAGACUCUGGCUUCUGAGUGACAGGGAAGUGAUACAACUACUCUCUGUUCACCCAGCGCCUUUCACACUGCAACCCUUUGUACGCAAAUGCUUUAAAGGAGUUCGAUGGCUUGAAGUAGAUUGUGAAAUACCAUCUAGUACAAGAGAUGUAAAGAACUCUGAGGCUACAUCUCAGAGCCACAGACAGAUGAAAGUACUGGGAUUAUUUGGCAGUCUCCAUGAGCACAUUACCUUUCUGUCUGCUUUGGAGCCAAAUCUCAGUGCUUUGGAUUGGCUUUGUGUGUUCGAGAAACAACUGAAGUUGACCAUGGUACAGCUCAUGAAAGAGUGUGCUGCUACGCGAAACCAGCUUAAACCAUCCAGUCAAGAUUUGGAAUGUGAUAAGAAAGUUGGAGACAUCCGGAUCCACAUUGCUGAUAGGAGGAACAUUGCAAUACCUGUUCUGGAUCUGUUGUCUGACUAUCCUCUUCAGUGUCUUCUGGUGGCCGAGGAGGCAGUUUGGUGCAGCGUUCUUUUACAAGCUUUCCAAGAAUUGAGCCCAGUGAAGCUGAAAAACAUAAAGGCACACACCUCUGCAGAGCUGAAAAACCUUGGGCGGUCCAUAAGGGAUGGAGUCAUAGGGGCUAAAACUGAAUCUCUGGUUUCUAAGUAUACGAUGAUGUGUCUGCGUGCUUUAGUGCAACUUAGAAUGAAACAUUUGCAGCAGCUAUCUCAACUCAUGGAAGUACAAGGUGCACCUCUGGAGUCUUCUUUUGAGUGGCAAAGUCUGAUGAAGUAUCACAUAAACUCAGAAAACUGGAGUCUGAAAGGCAACAAUGAACCGACAUGUGAUGUGGAUGUUUUGGGCCAUCGACUCCAAUAUGGUUAUGAGUAUUUUGGUCCAGAAGAUUGGGAGAUGGUGCAUUCUCCGUCCACAGAUCGGGCGACACUGGGGAUUCUCCUUGCCAUGACAAGCUAUAGAUGUGGGUUUGUGAGUGGACCUUGCAUGUCUGGAAAGAAAAAGACUGUGGUCCAGUUAGGAAAAGCACUGGGGAGACAGGUUGUCAGCAUACAGUGUUGUCCAAGCAUGAGUCCAGGUGUUGUUCAGCAGAUGAUGUUGGGUGCCCUCCGGACUGGAUCAUGGCUGCUACUUGACUCUGUAGACUCUCUAACACAAGAAGUCCUGUCAUUACUGGCACAGCAUCUUGUAGACAUUCACCAGUCGUUCUCUAGGUUGGCAGAAAAGAAGAAUCAAAGAGAGAAUAAAGACCUGAAGGACAGUACUGCUGAGGGGGUAACAGGCUGCAAAAAUGUUGAUUCACAAUGCCAAAUGGUAAUCGCAGGGAAAAGCAUUCUUGCCAGCCUAAGCUAUGGGUGUGUUCUCAUCUCAUCGAAGGGGUAUACAUCUGGAGUUCCAGAGAGUCUGCGGUAUGCAACCAGACCCAUUGCCCUAACCCAUCCAGAUUACAGGAUCAUCGCAGAAGUAAUGCUGACUUCCAUUGGUUUCACAGAAGCCAUGUCUUUAAGUCAACGUCUGGUGUCCCUCAUCAGCCUGGCCAAGGAUUCCCUCUGUCUGCCUGAUUUCAUCACUGACAACCAGAGCUGCUGUCUUGUUGUCUUGCAAAAGAUCAUCUCCGCCUCUGAAUUACACUUUGAGCAAAGUGUAAAGCAACGGAAAAUUUCGGAUGAGGCCAAAAGAUCGGCUGCAGAGCUAACUAAUCUUACGUCUUCACAAAAUGGGACUGCAAGAUGUGUCGAGACGGACAUAAAAGAAGCUGAAAAGCUUUCCAGGCUGCACUGCUCUCAUUUGUCAGUUAUAGAGGGAUUAACGGAGGAGACAGCCAUUGUUAAAGCGAUUCUUUCUGUCGUAUUACCUGUACUUUAUGAGCACAAGAAAGCCUCACAGUUCUACAUGAUUUUCAGGGACACAUUCCCAUUAGCUUGUCAGUUUCCUCUUUUCCAACAGUAUAUUGAGGAAGAGGAGGAGAACCAACUUAAAGAUGCAGUUACAGAAGACUUACAAAGGAAAUUCUGUCAUUCUGACAGCAAAACAAUUAGCAGUGCUGUUACACUCUACCAGGCCAUUAAAAUAUCUCAGGCAGUUCUGCUCUUAGGCCCCCCAGGUAGUGGAAAGACAACCUGCUACUGUGCUCUAGCUGGAGCACUAAAUUGUCUGGCUGCCAGGGCAGUGGAAUAUGUGAGUGAAAAUGACAGUGUGAUUAAAGGAGAUACUCCACAGGCAGAGCCACAGAUCCCACCUUCAACCUGGAACUCUGUUGACACUGUGGUCUUAUUUCCUAACGCCAUGUCCCAUGAAGAGUUAUUUGGCUGCUUCUGUGAAAAGAGAGGAUGGCAAGAUGGAGCUGUUGCAAAGUUACUGAGAGAUUUAGAACGAAGUGAACCAACAAGUUCCAUGAUCUGCAACAAGAAAAGUAAUCGGGCACCAAUAGUUAAAUGGCUGGUAAUGGACGGGGAGCCUGUGGGACAGCCGGGCUGGUUAGAUUAUCUAACCACACUUUGCGGUCCUGAUAACCCAUUUCUGUGCCUGUCAUCAGGUGAAACACUACCAUCCCAAUCACAUCUUAAACUACUUAUAGAGACCACCGACCUACAGGGUGCAAGUCCCUCUGCAGUGACUCGUUGUAGCCUUGUUUAUUUCACAGGCACUGAUCUGUGGAAGGCUGUGUGGAAGAGUGAAAUGGAUGCCCUCUCCUCUGAACACAAACUGGAUGAAGGAACUGUGAAAAUGUGGACUCGUCUCGCUGGAGAUAUUUUUGCCAGCACUCUUAGUUUGCUCAGACAAGAGGCAUUAACCUCUGCAGUCCAUAAUGAGGGACAACGUUCUGACAGCAUCACAUAUGGACUGCAAGAAAUCACGUCAUUUGUCCGGAUCCUGCGUGCCCUCCUACACCAUUUCAGGAAGGACGUGGAAAAAGCUGAGGUGAUACAACAAAUCCACAAAGGAGCAGAUAUUCACAGAACUGCCACAGAUCUGCUGCCCACAAACCUUUUUCUGGUGGCUUACAUUUGGGGAUUUAGUGGACAUCUGCAUCCUCGACACUGGCCACAGUUUGACUUACUAGCCCGUCAAGUGCUGUUUAUGUGUCGGUACAAAAUUGUGGUUCCCGAUGAAGAGAGUGUGUUUGAUCACUUUUUUAACAUCGACAGCAAGAUAUGCCCCAACACACUGUUGACAAAUUUCAUCUCUCCCAAGUUUGGGAAACAUACCUAUCUCCUCAACAUCAUGUUGGAGGCAAACCAGCCAGUGCUGCUCGCAGGAGAGCCCGGCUCUGGAAAAACCACUCUGUGCAGAACUUUGCUGAGUUUUGACCAGCCACAUAUCAGCCUACCAGCCAGUCCACUGCUGGCCUCCAGAGACCUGCGCACUAUACUGAGUAACAUCAGCUGCCAGAAGAACUGUAAAGAUACUGAGGGAUCUAUGACAAAAAAGUCUGGGCUGCUUCUUUUUGUGGAUGAUUUGCAUGAAGCACCGCGUGAUGGCUAUGGGAAGAUGUCAGCGGCACUGGAGACACUACGACAGAGUAUUUCAAAGGGAGAGAUUAUCACAUUUGAUACCUACAACUUCCAGUCAACGUGUUCUGGAACCAUCAGCUACAUGGCUACCUGUUGUAUCUUUGGAUUGGGCAGUCACCAGAGCAGUGCGAUAUCUUCCAGGCUCUCACGUCUGUUCUCCAUCUUUGUGCUGCCCAGCUUAACCAGUGACGUUAUUUUGUCUGUCCAUUCUCCUCGGCUGAAGAUCUGGCUCAAAGACAUGUCACUUACACAGAGUGGUGAGGACAUGGCUUGUUGUAUCAUCACUGCAACGAAAAGUCUGUAUCAUGCAGUAUGUGACCAAUUCCAGCCUACUUUGCAAAGGCCCCACUUCGUGUUUUCACAUCAUGACCUUGAAAAGGUGUUUUCAGGACUGUGCCUGUGGCAGCCUAACAUCACAAACACAAUGCAGAGAAAGGAGAAGUCACUUCGAGGCUUUCCCCCUACCCGGUCAGGGUCUGCAGCAUCAGUGCUAAACAUAGCACAUCUCUGGAUGCAUGAGUGCAUGCGUACAUUCUGUGACAGGUUAUGCUCAGAGGACGAAUGCAAAACUCUUGUGUCACUCAUAGCCACGACAGCAGCAACGCACUAUGGAAUUCGAUUGGUUGAGGAAACCAAGCCUGUUGGUGUAGAUGACCCAGCAGCCGUGACAAGCCUUUUUGUUCCCACACUACACAUGGACACAGCAAGCACCUGCACAUCAAUUGGUCAGAGUGUAGAUACACUAACUCUGCCUCAGGAGCCAAAACCAGCUGACCAGUCAGAUCUGAACACAGGCCAGACAAUGACUGAACCUUCCCUUCUGUUUGAAAACUGUCACUCAGAGGAGGCAAGCCGAAAAACUCACCCUCUGCAAACUCAGAAUCUUCAGCAUAUUGAGCGCAUAAUAGCUAAGCUUGUUUAUGGUAUUGACCUCUCAGAGGCCCUAAACUCAAUAAAUCAGGAGCAAAAAUUUAGACGCACCUGUUCUUAUCGGGACCAAGACCUUGAUGCGCAAAUGCAACAGCUGUGUGAUUUUAUUGACAGAAAAGCAGAAGACAAAGGACAGAAAUAUGAUAAUGACUACGACAUUACAACCAGAGUCAUUAUACACAGACAGAGGGUGAUGCAGCUGUUUCAUAUCCUCAGGACGUUGCUCAUACCUGGAGGUCACGGCGUGCUGAUUGGCUCAGACAGAGGCACAGGCCGUAAAACCACUGUGCGUUUAGCCGCUUCUGUAAUGGGCUGCCAGAUGACGGAGGUGCAUCCUGGGAAUGAGGAUAAAUUGCAUGAAAUCCUUAAAGAGGCUGGGAACCAAACUCGAGCAGAUGGAGUUAAUGUCAUCAUACUGGUCCAUGAAGGAAUUAGCCAGUCUGUCAGAGAUGAACUCUUGGUCGGGAUGGCUCGCAGAACUUAUCCAGGGCUCUGCACAGAAGAGGAGCUGAGAAAUCUCGUUUCCAGAGUGACUGCUGUGAAGAAUUCAAGACGAUACCUUAUGGACAGCUGGAUGUUUGAGAAGUACUUGAGCCAAGUCCACAGAAAUGUACAUGUGUUCAUGUUGCUUCCGCUCACCGUGUCAGACUGCAGCGAGAUACCUCCCAACAAAACAACCCAUGGAUGGAAUGCACAACUGAUCAAGGCCCUGAGCGUCAGUUGUUGUGUGGAGGUGUAUCAGCCUUGGUCCCAUCAGUCAUUAGUGGAAGUUGCUGCUCAGUGCCUUAAAUCCAGUACCCAAAAAAUGAAUCGAGAGGGACUAGAGGCCGGCCUGUCUGUCGCUAUGGCAGGAAUCCAUCAAUCUGCGUGUCAGUAUGCUGCUGUCCUUCUAAGAGCUCAGCCUUUCAGCCCUCAGACUUAUAUGGAGUUCAUUUCACACUUUGGUCACCUCUGCAACCAUCUGCACAAGCUACGGCAGAGCCAAGCUAUCAGAGUUGCCACUGUUCUUUCUCACUUGGAUGUCAUGACCAACACAGCUGUGCAGUACAAACAGCACUUAAUAAGACUGCAGGCGAAGGUUGCUGAGACACAGCAGCGAAAGGAAGAGCUCCUCAGAGCUGCAGAGCACCAGAGAAACCUGCAUGAGGAAGCACAGGAAACAUGUGUAGUAGUGGCAAACAAGCUGGGUGACCUGGAGGAGCAGAUUAAAUACGUCCAGAAACAGGUGAGACCUGUGUUUUUGUCAGGCCUCAAAAUUCUCAGCUGUCUAAAUCCAUCCGACCUGGAGGAGGUCCGACACUACAGAGAUCCACCUGAUGGAGUGGUGAAAAUUAUGGAUGCCAUUUGUUUGCUCUUUAAUCGUCCACCCGGCUGGGAGAGCGCUAAGCAGCUUCUUGGACAAUCCAACUUUUUCCAGGAGUUGGAAUUUUUUGACCGCUACACUCUGACAAAUGAACAGCUGCAGCAGCUCGGACAGAUAGUUCACAGUCCCCAUUUUGUGCCAGAGUCUGUGCGAGAGGUGAGCAAAGCCUGCGAGUCCCUGUGUCGAUGGGUCCAGGCUAUGUAUGAGUGCUGCUGCAUACAACAUCAACUGCUGGUCAAGACGCAGUUGGAGGUGAUGGCCAAAGAGGCACGAGGUCAAUUGCACCUGGUCAAGCAGCACAAGGAGGACGCACGCCAUCAUCUAGAGGAUGUCAAGCUUCAGCUUCUGUUGGUUCAAAAUGAACUGGAGGAGCAAAUGCUCGAGCUGCACUCAGCUGAGAGUGCAGAAAGAGAAGCUACUACUGCUGCAGGGCAGUUGGAGACACAUCUCAGAGACUGGAGUGCUGCUGCUCAGGAGGCAGAGUUAAAUAACGAAACUCUACCAGGAGACGCCCUUAUCCUGGCAGCAAUCAUUUCUUAUUUAGGCCCCUUUGGUCCUGAUGUGCGCAUGGAACUGCUGAGCAAGUGGAGGCAGCUAUGUCAGACAGGAAUCAUAAAUAUAAACCGAGUGGACCCCCGAACCUCCCUGUUUACACACUCUGAUCCCUCACCUUCUUUACCUGUUCUUGGUUUUCCUAUCGCUGUGUCUGAGAGUCUGCAGCUGCCUCUGGGACAGGCAUUAGGUAUUCCCGGGGAUGCUCCACCUGCCAGAGUUUUUGUAAAGCUGAUGCUGUGGGGCUACAGGAGUGCCUGGGUUCAGAGCUGGCCUCUACUGGCAGGCACCCAGCAACAUCUAGAUAUAAGCUCUCAAAGCUGCCUCAUCACAGAGUGUGAAAUGGUGGUUUGUGCUGAUGAUCCAGCGCUAAUGGACAAGCUCGACCAAGCUGCGGAGGAAGGUUUAAGAGUUCUGGUAACAAACAUGGAGCGUGCGACUCCCAGUCCACAGUUUCUGGCCAGAUUGGUUCGACCUGCUGGAUGUUGCCUUCCAGGGACAGAACAACACAUUCAGCCGACCCACCCGGAAUUCUGCCUCUUCCUCGCCACCCAUCUGCCCGUCCAACUGCUUGGCAGUGAGAUUCAUCCAUCCAUUUUGGCUCAGGUCCGAGUGGUUGACCUUUGUCUGAGCUCAGAAGAGAUCCGGGAGCUGAUGCUGACACAGCUGCUGCAGUCUGAAUGUAAAAAGCUGCUGAUUCGACACUUGCAGCUUCAGAAUGACAAACAGUCGCUGCAGGAGAAAAUGGUCUCAGUGGAGAAUGCUCUUAUGGACUACAUCCUGCAGACUAACACCCCACUGCUGGAGGACCCUAAUUUUCUCCCCCGUGUGACUGUUUGCCAAGAAGCAAAGAACAAACUGCAGACUGAGAUCCAGCAGAUGAGUGAGGAGCUGGAGUACCAGGAGUCCCUGCUGGCUGUACCCCGACAGUUAAUGAGGCUGGCUGCUGCCCUCUACCAGGCUCUGCAGGAGGUGUCCCGUCUGUCCCCCGCCUACUGCUUUUCCCUGCAUGGCUUCAUCACAGUUAUGCAAGAGGCCUUCAUUGUGAAGGGCAGGCCAUUACUGUCAUUCAGCAGUGGGAAAGUGUUAGGGAGCAUCAUAGCAGAGGUCACAAACUGGAUGGUAGCCCUGCUGCUGGUGCAAUACAGGCCUUGUCUCACCAAGAGCCAUUUUGCUGUUCUGAAGAUUCUGGUGUCUCUGGCUUUGCUCCAACACAACCAGCACUGCCCUGAGGCUGAGAGGGCGGCUUUCCUCAGGGGCCUUAAAGACACAGAGCAUUCUGUCUCACAGUCCACAACUGCUCUGCCCAGCUGGAUACCACCUCAUAUCCACCCAGAGCUCCUCUGCCUGGAGAAGAUCCCAGUUUUCAAAGGACUGAUCGCCUCUCUCUCCACCUGCCCCAGACAGUGGCAGGAGUACCUGCACUUAACUUCCUCGUCUGUGGCCGGGGCUGUUCCCUGUCGCUCUCACUCCCAUUUGUCCCUGCUACAGCGGGCUCUGUUAUGGAAGACCAUGCUUCCAGAAUGUCUUGAGGGACUAGCUGACGCCAUGGCCGUCUACCCCCUGUGCCUUUAUGGACAGACCGCAGAAAAUGAGGCCCCUCACACUGGGAACCCAGAGGCCCUCUCACGAUAUCUUGUCAGACAUGAGGGACCCAUCAUUCUUACAGUGCCCAGUCCAAGAGAAAACAAGUGGACAAGCAUCCAGCCUCUUCAUUUAAUACACAAUGUAUCCCGCUGUGUAGCAGACAAAAAGGAGGUUCAGGUGAAAGUAGUUUCCUUAGGGGCUCCAUGUGACACAGAGUUCAUUCUCUCAAUGCUGGACCGAGCUGUUAAUGCCGGCCACUGGUUGGUUUUUAACAACUGUCACCUGUUGGAACAAUGGGAUGAUCAAGUAGUGACUCACCUCAGUCGGUUGAUCUCCUCUUUCAGAGAGAAGCAAUGCCGGAUUCACCCAUGCUUCAGAUUGUGGUUCGUAACUCAUGAAUAUGCAUCAUGCUCUAUACCAGCGGCAGUGCGAAUGUGUGCCCUGCCUCUGCUCUGUGACUCUCCCUGGAGCCUGACGGAGGAGCUGAGCUGUUCCUUGCGACAGGUGGUGUCCAUCAUACGGUGUCAAUCUCUGUCGGCUGUCACAGCAGACUACAUGGAGCUCCUCCUCCGCUGUGCCAUCUUUCACUCUGUGUUACUGCAGAGACAGAGCUAUGAAUACUUAAGCCAAGAGGGAAUUUACAAUUGGAGUCAGGAAGACCUCCUGGUUUUAAUGGAUGCACACAUUACCAUUGCUGGUCUCUGCCAUGACAAGACUCGAGCUCUGCAGUAUAUAGCAGUCAGUCUCGUGCAUGGUGCUCAUGUACUGGACUCUGCAGAUUUGGAGGUGGUGGAGAGCCUUGCUAAGAUCUGCCUCAGCACAGUGUCACCUCUCGGGGGCAAAGGACCACAAAUCCUUUUAGAUUUCAUCAGCGAUCAUUGCAACUUUGAUUUGACAGGAUUACUGCAGAAUUUGGAGCAGGGCUUUCAAGAUACAGCUACCAUCAAUGACCCCGUUGUGCUCGGCGUCAGUGCUGAUGUGGCAGCUGAGAGAAUUAAGAUAAAUAGCCACAAUUUGAAUGUACUGCUGCAGGCCUCCCAGACUCCUCUAGGACCAGUGAGGAGCUUCUGCAUCCAGCUAAAGCAGCCUGCCACACUGCCAGCCUUUAGCCACGCUAUAGACAGACUGCAGACUCUGAAGACUUACCUUGAACACCAGAAUGACAGCCCAGAUACAAAUGCAGGAGCUGUUUCUCGCAGUCCCCUACGUGACUUCCUCCAGGCUGAGUGGGAUGAUCUCAUUGAUUCAGUGUCCUCGCUCCUCUCACAGCUCCAACAGCCCGUUCAAUACAGCACACCGACCUCCGCUUCCCUCCUCAAGCUCGCCAACUUGUCUCACUUGGAGAGGAGGGCAGAGUUGCUCGGUGCUUAUCUCUGGCACCACAACACCGCAGAUCCACCCGGUGGCUACCGACUAUCUUCUUUUAACAAUGCCAGAGGCUUCCUGGUGGCGGUGAUAAGACAGGCUGCUCAGAUGAAUCACAAAUAUACCAGUGAUAUAGCCCUGCAUUUUGAGGUUCUGAGUGAUAGCGCAUACCCAGCCUCACUUCCUGCGGAUGCUGUGUAUUUGUGUGGCCUGGAGCUUAGAGGAGCAUCAUGGGAUACACAGCUAGGAGCUAUAGAGGACACAGUCUCUCCACAGCCAUGCUCACUGCCCCUAGUUUGUGUCAAAGCUCAAGUCAGGAGCACAAAAACAGCCCGAGAUGCCUCCAACUGUGAAAGUUCACAUCUAAGCUGUGACCCACAGUUGCCACUCUAUCACUGCCCACUCUAUCUCGAUGGAGAGCGGGAGAGUGUAAACAGUGGACUGUUGGCAGAUGUUAACAUUAUCACUAUACUGCCCCUUUCCGCCAAGCUAAAUCCUGUUCUGUGUAGUUUCAGAAGGGUGAGGCUAGUGAGUGUGCUCUGAUGAAACCAAACUGCACCAGACUGAAGCUCAGAUGCUUGUAUUGAUUCAAAGAAAUGCCUCACUCUACAUGGGAAAGUUUGUAAAUAUAUUUGUAGGUGGGACUACUGUUCACAUAAAUGUAUGUGACACUUCAGUUGCUGUAACAUGCCUCUUCAUAUUUUGAGUUUUGCAGUAUUUUGAAUUUCUUAUUAAAGAUUUCACACAAUUUCA